AUGUCCCUGCCAUUUCCCGUCAACCAUGGCAUGACUUCCUUCUGGCGCUCCGAACCCGAUCCUUUGGAUAAUCACCGCUCGACGGAUGCCCUUCCUGAUGAAUCCGACAUCGUGAUCAUCGGCGCUGGAUUCGCGGGGGCUGCCACUGCUUAUCACUGCCUCGAGCAAAGCAAAUCGUUCUCCCAGAGUCCUUCAGUCGUCAUCCUGGAAGCCCGCCAGGCGUGCUCUGGGGCUACGGGUCGCAAUGGCGGCCAUCUCAAGCCCGAUCCGUACUACCAGAUUGGUAUUUUUGCCGCGGAACACGGAGUCGAGGCAGCAGAGGAGGUGGCGGAGUUUGAAACGAAACACCUCUUGGAGCUGCAGUCGUUCAUCGAGCGGGAGAAGAUCGAAUGCGACCUAGAUUUGAAUCGAGUUUUCGACGUGCAUUUUGACGACGAGCAAUGCGCCAAAACCAAGGCCGCGUACGACUUGCUCAGGUCGCAAGGUGCUACGAGGGUGAAAGAGGUGGAAUUCAGUCCGUCAGAGUCUGCAGAAGCCGUUUCCGGGGUGAAAGGAGCCCGAGGAUGCUUUAGUUAUCGCACGGGGCGAGUUUGGCCCUAUAAACUCGUGCUGCACCUCCUGAAAAAGGCGGUUCUCGGUGGAGCCAAUCUUCAGACAUAUACCCCUGUGCACCGAGUUUCGGAAUCACCCGGUACGGAUGGGAGGUGGACGGUUGAGACAAGUCGGGGAUCCAUCCGAGCCAAGAAGGUUGUUUUCGCCAGCAACGCCUAUACCGCCGCCCUGGCACCCGAGUACAAGAAUCAUAUCGUCCCAGUGCGAGGAGUCUGUAGCCGAAUCGUGGUGCCCAAUCCGCCCGAGAAUGCAAAGAACUGUUCGUACACCUUUCGGUCCAACGCCUGGGAUUAUGACUACCUGAUCCACCGGCCGGACGGAAGCAUCGUUGUGGGAGGAGCCAAAUCGACCUUCUAUCACAAUGCCACGGACUGGUACAACAACACGGAUGACAGUAGAGUGAUUGAAUCGGCUGUGCGAUACUUUGACAAGUACAUGCAACGGCGCUUUCAUGGGUGGGAGAGAUCGGGAGCUUAUACCGACCGGGUUUGGACAGGAAUUAUGGGAGAUACCGCCGACACUCUGCCUCAUCUCGGACAUGUUCCCCACAAGCCCGGACAGCUCAUCAUCGCCGGGUUCAAUGGUCAUGGGAUGCCGCAGAUUUUCCUCUCUGCGCAAGGGAUUGCGAAAAUGAUUGUCGACGGAGCUUCAUACGAGGAGACGGGAUUGCCGCGGCUAUUUCGAACCAGCUCCGAGCGACUGGCGAGGACCGAGAAUAACAUCCUGGCACCUGCGUCGGGCUAA